AUGCCUGUUGAUCCCAAGCGUGCCAAGCGACCUCUGGUCGUGGGAGGCGUCCCCGAACAUUUCAACUACCCGUGGCACAUUGCACAAGAGCGGGGCCUCUUUGCCAAGCAUGGCGUCGAGGUUGAGUUUGUCGAGCAAAAGCUUGGCACUGGUGCCAUGAUCGGAUCAGCGCACAGCGGCGAGCUGGAUCUCAUUGUGGCCCUUACUGAAGGCCUUGUGGCCGACAUUGCUGGUGGGUCCAACCUGCGCCUGCUAGGCACCUACGUGGCAUCUCCACUCUGCUGGGCCAUUUCCACGGGCAUCUCCUCCAAGAUGAACUCGGCGGAGGAUCUUCGCGGUGGCACUUUUGCCGUCAGCCGCAUGGGCAGCGGUAGCCACCUCAUGGCCUAUGUUCUGGCCAUUCAUCGUGGCUGGAAUCCAGAGACCGACGUCAAAUUUGCCGUCAAGGGCAACAUUACUCAGCUGUGCGAGGGGGUCAACGAUCUCUCCACCGAUGCCUUCUUGUGGGAGACCUUCACUACCAAGCCCUAUCAUGAUAAUGGGACGGUACGCCGGAUAGGCGAGGUCACAACACCCUGGCCCUGCUUCAUGCUGGCCGCCACCACGACCACCAUUGAUGACAAGCUGCCCCAGAUUCAAGCGGCGCUGGCUGCCGUGCAUGAGGCAGCAACGCUGUUCCAUGCCGAAGAAGCCACCAUGCCCACGCAGAUUGCCGAAAAGUAUGGCCUCAAGCCUGAGGACGCUGCGGCCUGGUAUCAAGGUGUUCGCAUCACUGCAGAGCGCUUUAUAUCCGAGGCCGCGCUUGACCGCGCCGUCGAGGCACUACAAGUGUGUCACAAGCUCGAAGCAAAUCGCUACUACGACCCCGCCAAGUUUCUGGACACCCGCUUGGCCCAGCUUCGCCGCGACUUGGGCUCGAUGAAGCUGUACAACCGGGCCGAGCUGGUCAAGGCCCUUCACCGGCAGUUGAAGGACAAGAAUCUUCACAAGGGUCCCAUCAGCUAUGAAGCCUUGCUGCCCUUUGAUCAACACCACUAUCACGGCGUCCAAGCGGUUGAGGAUGUUGCUCAGCUGCUCAAGAUGUCAACGGGUGAUCGUGUCAUCAAUAUUGGCAGCGGCCUGGGCGGACCAGCGCGCUAUCUGGCCGGCAAGCAUGGUUGCCAAGUGCUGGCAUGUGAAGUUCAACCCGACUUGCAUGCGGCUGCAGCUGAACUGACGCUGCGCACGGGCUUGAACGACAAGGUGGAUCACGUCAAUGGUGACUUUAGCCGUCUCAGCGAACACCUGGCUCGAGGUCAUUACAAGCACAUUGUUUCUUGGCUCACGGUACUCCAUUUUUCCAAUCGCGAGCGCCUUUUCAGCAACUGCUAUGAGCUCUUGCAACCAGGAGGCACCUUCUUUGCCGCCGAUUUUGUGAUGCUGCAACCGCUCACCCACGAGGAACGCCAUGUGCUGGCCAAGGAGGUUGGGUGCGACUCGUUGGCGCCUUCCAUUGACGAGUAUCGCCAAGAGCUCGAGCGUGCCGGGUUCAAGGUGGAGCAAUGCGAUGAUGUGACCGAGGACUGGCGCAAGCACACCGCAGCUCGCGUGGCUGAGUUUGGGGCUCAGCGUGAUGUUCUUGGGCCAGUCAUUGGGUUGGAUGUCUUUGACUACAUGCUCAAGUUUUACACAACGGCAGUGUCGGUCAUCAAGGGGCAGGGGACGCUGGAUGAGAGGGGGGGCAAAGAUACUCACAAUGCCAACGAGUUGAGAGGGAUUUCAAAUUUGCGACUCGGAAGUGUCGCCUUGUGUGUGUGUGUGUGUGUGUGCGAGGGCCGUCUAAGCCGCCUGCUACCUCCUGUGCCGAUGUCUGUGUGUGUGUGCCUGUGUGUGCCUGUGUGUGCCUGUGUGUGUGUGCCUGUGUGUGUGUGCCUGUGUGUGCCUGUGUGUGUGCUGCGGAGACGAUCAACCAUGAAGGCACUGAUUUUGGCGGCGGGGUACGGUACCCGAUUGGAAAAGGGCAUUCGGGAGGAUACUUCUGGCAUUUAUAGCCAUUUGCUGGGUGUGCCCAAGCCCUUGUUGCCCAUUGGCGGCAUUCCCUUGAUUAGUCGGUGGAUCGAUGCCUUGGUUGCAGUCCCCGAGGUCGAUGGCAUCUACAUUGUGGUCAACGAUUAUAACCAGCGCAUGUUUCAAGCCUGGCUUCGACACUACACCCACAACCCCAAGCGUUAUCCGAUCCAUCUCGUGUCCGACGGUAGCACCACCAACGAGACGCGAUCCGGGGCCGUGGCAGCCAUUCAACUGGCGACGAAAACCUUCAACAUUCAGGACGACCUCCUGGUCGUGGGUGGAGACACCCUCUUCUUGGAAGACUUUGACCUCAAGACUACCCUGGCCGCCUUCCAACGACAGCAUCGUAGCCAUGACCCAAAGUCCAGCAUGCUGCUUGCCUACAAAACCGACGCCGCUGGCACGGCCAAGUGUGGUAUUUUGGAAACAGAUGCCAAGGACAAGGUGACGGCGUUUUUGGAAAAGCCGGGCCCCGAAAAGACCAACUCGCGACUGGCAUGUCCAUGCUUUUAUCUCUUUGAGGCCGACGCUUUGCCGUUGCUGGACCGCUUCAUGACAGAAAAGGCCGGUGAACCGCUUCAAGCUCGCGAUGCGCCAGGCAAUUUUGUCCGAUACCUCUGUGCCAAGCGGAACUGCUAUGUCAUGCCCAUUUCCGGCCGAUGGGAUGUGGGCGGCCUACCAUCAUACAUUGAGUGCAAUGCUGCCUUUACAAAGAAAGGCACCGUGGGCCCUGCUGGUCUCUU